GUCACGGCAUAAAGACUAAACUUGAGAAGAAAAUGAAACUUUUACAUACUGUUUUAAUCUUGGGACUAAUACAACUGCUUUCAGUGAAACCUUUGCUAGCUUCAUCUUCAUUUAGGAAUAAACUUGUGCAAUUCUAUGAUCAAGAAUUACUAUUAUUGUCCAAUGAAUUCUGUGAAAAGGCCAAAAGUUUCUGUGAAAAAAUACUUCAAGAUGAAAUGGUGCAACAGCCUAAAACCCCUAAAAUGCGAGAGUUUAAACAAAAUAUAACAGAUUUUUUACAGGAGUAUACGGCUUACAAACAUUAUGGCUUAAUUAAUGAAUUAGUUUUGCUAUUUGAGGAUAAAAUACCGGAACCCAGCAACGACCAGGAUUCCCAGUAUAUCUGGCAGUUAUUGAGAAAACUAGGUUAUCAUGAGUUAAGUGAUGAAUAUGAAAAUAAUUUUCAAAAAUUUGCCAAACAAAAGUUUCUACCCAAAUUCGAGGAGUUAAAGCUACAACUUUCAACAGAAGAACUAAAACAACAUGAGAACUUAUUAAAGUGGUUCAAGGGCUUAAAACAGUGUCAGGAUUACAAGUGCGAUCACAAAUAUUUCAGUAGAUUACUACGAACUCCCAAAGAACAGCUAUUUGGUUAUGUUCAUGAACAACUGGAAAACAUUAAUAUCUAUUAUGGCAACAAUGCUUACAAUAUUGCCAAGGCAGUUUUAAAAGACCAAAGGCUAAAACAACUUAAUCCAGCUGUACAGCAAAACUUAACAAAUAUUCUUAGAGAAUUCAUUGGAAAAUACGAAAGUAAUCAUGAUGUUAAUAAGUUAUUUAAUAUAGCGCAGAUUUUCUACAAUCAAAUAAUAUUGAAAUUUUACUAUAAUCCCUUGGAUGACCAACAAUUGCUGGUGACAAUCUUUGAUGACAAAGGCUAUGUUAAAUUUGAGUCCAAUUAUCUACAGAAAUUCAAUGACUUUGUACAGCGUGGUUUUUAUAAAAAAUUUGAGGAAUUUAAAAACUCUUUAGGUUCCAAGGAAUUGGCCAAUGAGAAGCCCAUAUUAGAAUGGUUUCAGCAUUUCAAAGGUUUAACUGAAUAUUCAGAUAGAGUUGCAGCAUUUGAGAAAUUAAGUGCAAUUGAGUAAAUUUAAUAUUUUCAUAUGUAAUCAGUGGUAUUCAAAAAACGAGAGAGACUACAAGUUCUCUUGUUGUGCCUUCGUCAUCGACACAACAGAGAGUCUGUUGUUUUCAACUUUUUUUAAUAAUUAUUUAACAAAAUGACCGAUACCCUACAAUAAAACCAUUAAAAUAUUAAUAAAUUUAGUGACAAAUAUCCAGCAAUUAUCCAGUUCUCUCAAUACUAAGUAUUUGUUUCGAAGAAAUUUAUGCAUUAUUAAAUAAUUUUCGAAAGUUACAUUAAAUGGGUGCUGCAUUUAACCUGAAAUUUAGUACCUUGAUGUAUUUAUAUAAGAAACUUGUUUCAUUUUCCUACAAAUAUGGAAGCUAUUACCAAUUAAUGAUUUUUUGGUAAAAAUUUAACUUUGAUAAAAAUAAAUUUAUUUCUUAAAAUAUUUUAUCCCUAAUCAAUUGGAAAUUUUUGAACAUUUUCAAGAGAAUACAAUACAAAUUAUAAUUAAUAAAUAUUCCUUACCUUUUAUACUAUAAAACGCAUAAACAAA